UCAUCUUUGACUAUAUAGUGAACUCUAGGCCAUCCUGGGCAACAUAAGACUCUGACUCCAAAAAACAAAUGAAAAAGACAACUACCAUUAUUAUACUAAAAAACAAACUUUCUGAUUACCUUUAAUUUUGGUUCUUGGGAGGCAGAGGCAGUCAGAUCUCUUGAUUUUGAGACCAGGCUGGUCUCAAAGAGUUCCAGACCAGCAUAGUAACAUGGUGAUAUUGUCUCAAAAUAAAAAAAGCAGCCCUAGGAGGAGGGGGUACUGCAGGGUGUUUUUUCCAUUUGUUAAGUCCCUUUAGAUCUCUAGGCUGGUUGACUGUGGUGCUUCCUCUUGCCCCCACCUUUGUAGUUCUUUUGUUGAAGAAUCCAGUCAUUUGUUGUAUAGUUUCCUAUAGUCUGAAUUUUGCUGAUUGUAUUUAUUUGAUGUCAUGUGACAUACUCCGCAAUUCUUUUUAUGGCCCACAAUUUGGUUUUAGCUCUCUGUGCUUGAUCAGAUUAUUUAAUAGGCAAUGGCAUGCAAUUCUAGCAGGAAACAUCCUUUCUUUGUUGGUAUUGUUAUCCAGCCCUUGAUUAGCGUUGCUUAGGUAUUCAUUCAUCAGAAGUUGCAGAGCAAUAUGCAGUUGUAUAGUUCCUCCUUCAUUUAUUAGCUGGAAUACUAACAAAAAGAAAUUUCUCCCUUUUCGGCGGUGACAUCCUCCCUACAAGAAUAUCCCUCUCCAGGAGAAGAGGAAACAAGAAAAAGCGCCUGGUGCAGAGCCCCAAUUCUUGCCUUAUGGAUGUGAAAUGCCCAGGAUGCUGUAAAAUCACCAUGGUCUUUAUCCAAGCACAAAUGAUGGCCUUGUGUGUUGGCUGCUCCACGGUCCUCUGUCAGCCCACAGAUGGAAAAGCAAGGCUGGAGAAAGGAUACUCCUUUAGGAGGAAGCAGCACUGAUUUAUGAUGAGUGGGAACUGUCCCAAUAAACAUCUUUUGGCUUUAAAAAAAAAAAAUCUAGUCAGGUGUACUAGUUCAUUCUGUAAGCCCAGAAGUAAGGCUGAAACAGAAGAAUGGAAGUUUGAGAGCAGCCUGAGCUGCAUAGCAAGACCCUAUCUCUAAAUUAAUUGAGGAUAUUAAUUUAUUUCCAAACUGCACAUAACAGCAUCCAUUCUGGGUAGCACCGGGAAAUUACAUUUCCUAAAAAAAUGCGUGUCUCAAAAAAAAAAAAGUUUUGAUCUUUAAAAAUUAUUAAACCUAGCAU